AUGUCGUCUGGUGGUGUGAAAGAUUUUUACCGGCUGAAAAAGAAAGGAGGUGUGACCAAGGCAGCAUCAUCUUCGAAGAAGAAGACACAGCAGUACACUGGUGGGGCCUCUGUUGGCGCCCCAGAUACUGCUCAGACAUCAGCUCUAGUUUCUCAUGGCUCCUGGGAUCUCAAAGAUGAUUUUGGUGAUCAAGAAGAGCAGCUGCGACAGUUUGACAUGGACAUGAAGUUUGGCCCAUGCAUUGGUGUUACUCGGCUUCAGCGCUGGGAGCGAGCCUCUGCCAUGGGCCUCCAGCCACCAGCUCAUCUCCGGGACCUCUUACUGCAUGCGCCAUCAACAAAGAAUCGCGGUGACGGUAGUCCCUCUGUUGAGUGCCUUUGGGAGGGUAAAGUCUAG